AUGGGCAAGAACAAGAAGAAGAGAAAGAACACGGAGACUCACGCCCGAAGAGCGCCCCCGAGCGAGAGACGGCAGGUCAUCUCGUACGACGACAUUGAGGAAGAGGCAGCGCCGCCAGUCCCACGACAGAAAGUCUCUUAUGGUAGCGAUUCCAACGACGAUGAUGCGGAUCAAGCGCCCGAUCAGAGACACGCAGUCGUGUCAAAAGAAGCCUUGAGAGAACGCGAACGUCCGCAGACAGAUGUCACCUACGGCCAGGUGGGCGCUUUCCCAGGAUUGGAUCCACGCGACAAAGAACCCUUCUACGGUCCUGCCAACGAUGGCCUUGAUUAUCUACGUAUGGUCAGAUCCGAAGCACGCGGUAUUCCACACAUCGUUCGUGCUCCCUUUCCACAAACAUCUCAACCUGUUGACUACGACGACGACGAUGACUACGAAGAACAUGUUGACGAUUACGACGGCUACUACGAGGAAGACCCCGAAGACGAUGACCAAGAAGGUUGGUACGAGGAUGGUGCUUAUGUGGCUCAUUCCAUCGCCGCACCUAUAAUAGGUCCUGUUCAGCCAGGUAUGAAGGCCCAAGACGCCUUCUACAACUCUCUCAAAUCCCGUUUCGAGGUACUGCGUCGCAACUUGAGAGCAUCACCCUCGGUCCAAGCCGUCCAAUCCCUUGACCAUCAGCAUCCUAUCUCUCUACCUUUCGGCAAUAAGAUGGCCGACAAGGAAUGGAAGUAUCAUCUUCUCCACACCACUCCACUUCCUGCUCAACUGGCCUCUCUUGACUCUCCGUCAAUCCUUCGCCUGUUGAAGCUUGUCGAGGGUCAGCUGGAGAAUUGCCGCAAAACGAAUAUCCCAAACAAUCUUGGCCUGUGGGCUUGGUCAUUAUUGGCAAAGCUGGACGAUGUUGGCUUGUUGCAGACUAGAGAGGUCGGCGUAGUUCGAGAUCUGGCAAAGAUGGCCAUCUGGGUACGUAUGAUGCAUCACAAAGCCAAGUACGGUAGGUCCAACGACCCUGACUACGAUCAUCUCGACGACUAUCCCGAAGAAAAUGCCUCCCAAUAUGAAGAAGACGGACUUGUCGAUGCAGACCAGGAAGAUGCCACCAAUGCUGGUGCACCAGGAGUCGAACCGGUCGAGGCUGCAGUAGAAGCACAGAUUCAGGAAGAGAUCACGUCUGCUAAGGACGAGCCAGGGGGUGAGACCAUGGUUCUGGAUACCGAAGGCCAUCUACUCGAUGCCAUUGCUGCCAAGAAGCGCGAGCUACAAAUCGAAGCUGAGGCCCAAGAGAAGCAGAAUCAGCAACAAGAAGACUUCCCUGACACUAAUACAUGUGUGACUAUUGACAUGCUUGUCACGGUGGCCAGCGAGUUUUACGGUCAAAAGGACCUUCUUGUCGGCCGCCUGCCCUGGGAGCAUCCUACGGAUUGA